AUGAUUAAAUUAUCAUUUGAUUACUUUUCAGAUUCAGUGUCUAGUCCACCAAAGUUGACGCCUCCUGAUAACAAGGCAGCCACAGAGGGUAACACAAGAGAAAAUGUUCAGUUUUAUCACAAUGUGGUACUUGAGAAUGUGAUUGAAACUGAAGAGAAACAUGUUGGAGAAAUGCGUACACUUCUUCAAAAAUACAUACGACCUCUAAAAAAUAAUAAUAUAUUAUCACAGACAGAAUUUAAUCAGCUAACCGGAAAUCUUGAAGAGAUUUUUGCCUUCCAACAGAAAUUCUUGACAUCUUUACAAGAAGUUACAAAGAAUUCUCCUCCCCAACGAAGGAUGGGUGGGGUGUUUAUUGAGCACGCACCUACGUUGAAGGAGCUUUAUCUGGUGUAUUGUGCCAAUCAUCCUAGUGCUGUGGCUGUUUUACAAGCUAAAAAAGAGGAACUUGGAAAAUUCAUGGAAUAUUUGGGAGCUGGAGCUAUGACUCUGACAACAAAUUUGUCCAAGCCUUUUACUCGGUUGGAUAAAUACCCAAGUCUGCUGAAAGAACUGGAGACACAUAUAGAAGAGGGUCAUGUGGACCGUGGAGACACACAGAGGGCAAUUGCAGUAUAUAGGGACAUAUCAAAUUCAUGUACAGAAGUAAGAAAGCGUAAAGAAAUGGAAUAUGAGAUUAUUCACAGUACGAUCAAAGGCUGGGAAGGUGAAGAAAUAACACAGCUUGGAGAUGUUGUGCAUUUAUCUCAAGUGAAAUUAAUAGCCCAGACAGGUGAAAGGUCUGAUCGUGUAUUUGUGUUGUUCCAGAAUGUGCUUGUCAUGUUGUCUCUUGGCCCAAGACUAAGUGGUUAUCAUUAUGAGGGUCAACUUCCAUUGAGUGGACUGACUGUAAAUAAAAGUGAGCUGGAAAAUGUAGCACAUGGCUUUGAAAUUACAGGAAAUAUGAUUGACAAGAUCACAGUGUCAUGCAGUUCAAAGAAUGAUGCUAGUCAUUGGUUACAGGUGUUGCGAUCACAAAUCAAGCAGACACAGAUGGUUAGGUUAAAACCCCAAAGUUUACAGAUCUCAUCUUCUCAACCUAGUAUAAGUAUGUUGUCACAAGCAAAGACGGCAAAAAUGAUGCAGUCUCCUUUACAAAACAAAAUGUACAAAACCUGGAGCAUGUCUUGUCUGCGUCCAGCUCCCCCCAUGAGGCCUUCCGCAUCAGAAAGAGAUGCCUUAAAAAGUCCACGCUCGGGUAGGAAACCAGGCAUGAGGCGAAAACCAGAGCGAUCACAUUCAGAGGAUGAAUACGACUACAGGUGGAAACGAUAUGACCCUGUAAAGUCUGAAGAUGACCAAAUCAUUUUGCGAGUAAUUGAAGCUUAUUGUACAAGUGCAAAGACACGACAGACAGUUAAUUCCUACAUCACUCUCUGCCAUUUGUUUUUUUUUAUUUUUGUUUUGCUUCUUUUUUAUCUUCUUCAUUUUUGUUUUUGUUUUCUUCUUUUUUGUUUCUUUUUUGUUCUUUUUUUGUUUUUCUUUUUUGUUCUUUUGUUUCUUUUUCUUUCUUUAUUUUUUGUUUUCCUUUUUUGUUUCUUUUUUCUUUUUCUUUCUUAUUUUCUUCUUUCUUGUUCCAUUUUCUUAUUUUUCUUUCUCUUUGUUUUUUCUCACCACAUAUCAUUUUGA